AUGGACAGAACCUUGGAAUCUCUAAGGCACAUCAUUGCCCAAGCCUUGCCUCACAGAGACCCGGCUUUGGUCUUCAAAGACUUGAAUGUUGUGUCAAUGUUACAGGAAUUUUGGGAAAGUAAGCAGCAGCAGAGAACCACAUUCUCCAGUGAAGGCCUGGUGGUGUAUGAGUCAAUGCCCUCCUCUGGGCCUCCCUUUGUGAGUUAUGUGACUCUUCCUGGAGGGAGCUGCUUUGGCAACUUUCAGUACUGCUUAAGUAGAGCUGAGGCCAGGCGGGAUGCAGCUAAAGUGGCGCUCAUCAACUCUCUCUUCAACGAGCUGCCCUCCCGAAGGAUCACCAAGGAAUUCAUCAUGGAGAGUGUUCAGGAAGCAGUGGCCUCCACCAGUGGCACUUUAGAUGAUGCAGAUGACCCCAGCACAAGUAUCGGAGCCUAUCACUACAUGUUGGAGUCAAACAUGGGGAAGACCAUGCUGGAGUUUCAGGAACUGAUGACCAUUUUCCAACUAUUGCACUGGAAUGGAAGCCUGAAAGCCCUCCGUGAAACAAAGUGCUCUCGACAGGAAGUCAUCUCCUAUUAUUCCCAAUAUUCUUUAGAUGAAAAAAUGCGCAGCCACAUGGCCCUGGACUGGAUCAUGAAGGAGCGCGAGUCCCCAGGAAUUCUCUCUCAAGAGCUACGUGCAGCCCUGGGGCAGCUGGAGGAAGCCAGAAAGUCAGGACAAGAACUACGGUUUUACAAAGAAAAAAAAGAAAUCCUGAGUUUGGCUCUGAUUCAGAUCUAUAGUGAUCAUGACCCUUCCUCACCCAGUGAUGACCAGCUGAGUCUCACAGCUCUGUGUGGCUAUCAUUAG